AGCGCGUGCAGCCAGCCCCCGCCCCUCCGCACAAGCCGGCGGCGCGUGGCACUUCCCCCCCGGCGCCCGGCGCGGCCCGAUUGGGUGGAGCGGCACCGCCGGCGACGGGGCCCCGGCGUCGCGGCGAGGGCUCUCUUCUGGACGCCCGAAAUCAGAGCCCCGAAUCAUCAGGGUGCAUCUCCAUGAAGAUGGUGAGCAGGACGAUGCGAUGGAGGUUCGUAGCCAAACCGGUGGUGUGUCCUCUUUCGGGCCACGCAUGCCGACUUUGGCCGCGGGGCCGCAGUUGGGCCAUGAGCUACGCGCUUUCCGCUGUCCGCGAUAACCGGACCGAGAAGGAGCUGCUGCAGAGCAUCAAGGGUUCUCUCGCGGAAGCCGACGAGAUCUCGACGCGAACUUUGGGGAAGUUGAACGAGCAGGAUCUACGGAGCAGCUGGAGAGGAUAGACCGUCACACAGACGACAUCGGCAACAACCUCAACCAGUCUGAGACUCUGCUGCGCAGCCUCAGGCCGUUCGGAUGGGUGCGCAACCUGUUCAAGAAAGAGCACAGGUCGGGGGGCUACCCGAGCUCCUCGAGCAGCUCCAGCUCGGCUCCGGUCGCGGC